AUGUCGCAAGAUACAGCCGUGCCGCCGGUCAAGGUGCUAGUGGACGAGAAGGCAAAAAGCGACACCGCCGUCUCCGCCGACGAACCUUCCUCCGCGGCAACUGAAGGGACAACUUCAACAACGACAGCCACGCCAAACAGUGCGACCACUAUGGCUUCAUCGCCAAAUCUAUCUCCUGCGGCUUCGCCUCCGGUCUCACCACCUGUAUCGCCUCCAGAGGGACGGAAAUCACCAAACGAGGACUACUACUCAUCUCGGGGCAAAUUUGACCGACUAGGGAAUCCAAUACCCGAGCAUCGACGACGACCAAGCGCGAUGGCUUCGGUGUAUGGGGGUAGCAAAAUCAGACUGCCUGGAGAUCUGGGCGCGAGGGAUCCCAGAAGGCCAAAGUCUCCUGCACCUGAACGACUUCCUGGAGACCUUGGGCCGAAUGAUCCUCGUCGGCCGAAGUCCCCAGUACCCGGAAGUGUCAAUAGCAGCCCUGCGCCUUCAUCCCAUCAUACCAGACAUGCGAGCGAUGAUGGGGGUGUUAGACUGCUUCAGGAUCCUGAGCCUGAGCAUCAUGACAGCGAUGACGACGCCGAUGCGGAUAACGACAAUGACACUGAUGCAGACGAGAACCAGCGAGGUCGGGGUAGGAAACGACCUGAGCCGGGCCGUACUACAUCUGGAAAGGCUGUCAACGUGCGUGAAGACGACAGCGAUGAUUCAGAAAAGGAGUCUCAAUUUGUGGAUGCCAAGAAGCCUGAUCCGACAAAAGGCGAGAGCAUGCGCUCGUUCAUUAAAGACUCGAGAAUCAGAAUAUCAAGCCCGGGCAUGACUGGAAGGCGACGAGUGCAUCCUUCCACUGCGUUUGACGCGGCACCAUCGGGUGCUUCUACUCCCAUGCAUUCAGACGACGAAUCGCAAUCAGAAUUGCGAGCUGCGCAGAAAUUGUCCCUCGCCAUGUCGGCUAUUCACAGCACGCCUUCGGCCCACAGAGUGAUCCGCCAGAUCAUACGUGGCGAUUUCGAACAAUUCCAGCGAGAGGCCGAGGACGGUAGGAAACGACAGAGGAUGUAUCUUGUGGCCACGGAUAUGUCGCCCGAGGCCGAGUACGCACUUGAGUGGACUAUUGGAACUGUGCUCCGUGAUGGCGAUACUCUGUUUGCUGUUUACGCUGCUGAUGAGGAGUCUGUUGGUGCCAGUGACGAGCGAGACGGUGGUGGUGGUGUGGAGGUUGGUCAUGGUGCGGAAAGUGUCAAAGACACUGCUGGGAUUCUUAAGGGUCUGCCUGUCAUCAACCAGGCUGUACCCAACUCACCUGGUCCCUCGCCAUUGUCGAGAUCUAGCUUGGGCGGAUCCUCUCAAGACCUUCGCAGUCGGAGCAGAGGUGUCUACUCAUCAGCGGAGACCGAACGUCGCAAAGCACUCGAAGGAAUCACAGAACGCUGCGUCCGACUUCUGCGAAAGACACGACUACAAGUGCGCGUGGUUGUCGAAGUCUUCCACUGCAAGUCUCCCCGCCACAUGAUCACCGAAGUCAUCGACUUCCUCUCACCCACCCUCGUCAUCAUCGGAUCCCGCGGUCGUAGCGCGAUGAAAGGCGUCCUGCUGGGAAGCUUCAGCAAUUAUCUAGUGACGAAGAGCUCAGUCCCGGUCAUGGUCGCCCGCAAGAAGCUCCGCAAGCAUAGUAAGCCUGUUCGGAACAAGGAUGGUCUGGCGGUGCCGUACCAGGGAUCUGGAAGGAGCGGGAGGUUGAGCAAUGUUAUUGAGCUACCGAAGAAUAAGGGGUUGAGAGUCAAAGGGUGGGAUCAGGUUGGGAUUGACUGA